AUGGAAACCACAACCGUCGACGACUCCGAAUCCCGCACCGACACACCCAAAUUCCUAUGGCAGCGCGCACUGGGCCAAGCUGAUGAUGAUUUGAGGAAAACUCUGCUUGCUACAAAAACGAACAGGCGCGACGUUCUCAAGGCCGUCCGCAAAGUGGUCCAGGAGAAACGAUGCCAAUCUCUCUGGAAACGCUGGACUUACGAUACGGCCGAGAAGGACAUCAUCAUCGUCCGUGACCUCCUCGAGAAGAUUCUAUGUUGGUUGGACCUCAUUCAAUCGAACGCCGGGCUGGAUCCCCAAGGCUUCUCAGAGGACUUGCAGGCAGCAUGGCGACUCAUAUGGUCUCCAUUUCGGUUCCUCUUGCGAAAGACUGCUGAAGAUGCCCAGGCUUUUGGAGAAAUGGUCAACGACUUGGCGUUUGCCUUCCAUUUAUUGGUGAGAUACCUGAUUUUGGAAGCAGAACGCCCAUCGCAAGCCAUUGAGGAUACAUCAAACUCUGAUGGCGCAAUUCUAUCCGUCUAUCAUGCGGUUUACGACAUACUCGCCCAUUACAUCCGACUUGACAACAAAGGAACGGGAGCUGAAGUGGACACACAUCAAUUGAGAGAGAAGCUGUUUCAGGCAGAUUCAAACGCGAAAGCCGCCAUUGGACACACCAACAGCCCCAUGGAAUCCUUGUACUUGAGGAGUGCCGCACCAGAGACUGUUCAUGAAGUUCGCAUCCCGGACGAAUUGGGAUCCAGCCUGCGUCAAUGGGGGGUUCCUGCGCUCCUGGAAGCUGAUGAAGACCAAUCUACACCUGGUACUCGAUGUGAACUGCUCGAGUCAGAAAGCUUCCGGUCCUGGUGGGAAUCAAGCACGUCAUCGAUCCUGUCUUUGUGCGGGGCGGCAGCUUACAUCGACUGCAGCAAGCUCUCUUCGGCGCUCGAAAUCCUGCAGCAUGUCGUCGCCAGUUUCACGUUGGUCAAUGACGAGAAAUGCUGCGAUGUCCUCAUCACGGAAUGGAAAAUCAAGCAAGCUGUAUCUCAGCAAGAUGGGAGUACAGUCGGCCCUUUGAACCUGCAAGACUGUUUGCGGAUCACUCUGGACAUCGCAGCUGCAAAUCCCAUGACUAUCCUUCUGGAUGGCGUUCUGGACACUGAUGACGAAAAGCUGUCCGACUCUCUCAUCGAGGUGGUGGACAAGUCUGAAAACGUGGUCAAGGUCCUGUUAGUGACAGAGCACGACAUACCACUUUUGGGCUGCGAGAGGAGUGGCCCUGCUGCUGCAAACUUCUUCCACACCCGCAACGCGAAGGCCCAACCAUCGUGGAAGGAUCUGGAGGCCACAACUCCUCCCAGCGUCCAUCUCUCCGAGACAGAGCAGCAAGCCACGCUCCAUGACGCCAUCAAAUCAGACGACAUCGCCUCCGUCGUGUCUCUCAUCCACCACACACCCCGCGUGGCUGCACAAACGGACCCAAAAGACGCCCUCUCAACCGCCGUCCUCCACAACCACACAGACAUACUCACCUACCUCCUGAACGCCCUACCCUCCACCUCAUCCAACGACGCACUCGCCUUCGCGCUCCUCAUCGCCGCGCUGACCAACCACACCCGCUGCGCCCGCACCCUGCUCUCCCACCACGGCAUCAACCGCACAGCAACGGACACCGCACUCCGCGCAGCCGCCACGCGCGGCCAUGCCCUUAUGAUCAAACAGCUCCUCGCGUACUACUACGCCGAGAACGCAGCGGCGGCAAUAGCAGCAGCAGCAACAGUCCUCCCCCUCGCCGCCCAACACGGGCACACCGGCGCCGUGCGCGCGCUCCUCGACGUUGCGGCGGCUGCGCGCAAUACCAACGGCACGAUCAGCGCCGCCGUCCAGCUCGCCGCGGCAGGCGGCCACGCCGACGUCGUCGAGCUUCUGCUGCUGGACCGCGGCGGCGGCGUCCGGCCGGCGCUGUUGAAGUCGUUCAUGAACAUCGACGGCGCUGCUCUGUCUUCGAUGAUGGCGCCGCUGCCACCGCCGCUCAGAAUGGCGCACGAGUCGAAGUGGGACUCGCUGCUGCGGUGCACGUCGCCGGGGUGGCUGGAGAGGAGGGCCGGGAUGAGGGGGCGGCGGUGUGUCGUCAAUGAAGGGAGCGAAGAUGAAGAUGACGAAGAGAAGAAGAAGGGGGCAGCUGCUGCCGCCACCACGCAGACGGAGCGCACACUCGCCGCCAUGCUCGGCGGCGACGACUUGUCGAGCGUCGAGAAGCAGCUGGCGCGGGGAGACGGCGGCGGCGACGUGGCAGCAGUAGUGGCAGCAGUGGCGGGGCCGUUGUUGUACACGCAGAGGUGGUCGAGGACAACAACAAGGGGACGGCAGCUACCACCAGGGCGCGGGAACUGGUGGCCGCUCCAGCGCCGGCAGCUGCACGCGCUCGAAGUGGCAGCCGCGGCCGGGAGGGAGGCCGUGGUCGGCUUGUUCCUGCGGCGGCGCGAGGAGCUCGACAUCCGGGCCGAGCAUGUCGGACGCGCAUUCGCGGCGGCGGCGGCGAAUGGCCACGUGCGGAUUUUGCAGCAGCUGCUGCCGCUUCUAGAAGGUGCGGAGACGGCGGCGGCGGCGGCGGCGGCGUCGGAUGCUCUGGAGGGUGCAGUGCGCAAUGGCCAUGCGGAGACUGUCGAGUUCCUGUUGGAAUACGGCGCGGCGCACGGGAGGGCUGAGCAAGAUGUUCGGAUUGUGCUGGAGAAUAUUUCGUCUGAAGAUAGCGCAACCUUCGUGCUGAAGCUUCUUCAGCUGGCCCAGGAACGAGACUCGGAAGCAAAGCUCAAUGAGCUCCGCCAGAAGGCACUGUGCGUUGCCGCGGAACACGGGAAUGUCUUGGUCCUGGACAGCAUACUCAGCUCCGGUGUAGCGCUGGAGAACGGGAGCUUCGCAAAAGCCAUGUAUGCCGCGUGCCGUCCGGGGCAUACGGCUGCAGCUCUGGCUCUCAUCAACAGUGAAGCUAGGAAACUUCUCGAAUCAGACGACAUAGAAGAUUGCCCUCUAGUGGCGGCUCGCGAGGGACAUGCGGAGCUGGCGCAAUGCUUGCUUCCACAUUUAAACCUUGAGAAGGUUACUGAAGUCCUCACGCGCUGCAUUGAAGUCGCUGCCGGGAACAACCACCUUGCAUGCACGCAGGUGCUCAUGGCUGCCUUGACAGGGGAAGAUUGUAUACGGGCCGCACGCUGCGCCUUCGCCACUGCUGCACAGAAUGGCCACGCGGAUAUGGCUCGCUUACUUCUCGAACGAGGAGCCGACCCGGAAAGGGAGUCCAUGACGCAUGCCAUGAAGGAAUGUAUCAAUCGUUUCACGCUGCACUCCCCUCGGUUCCCGUGCUCUCGGGUUCCGUCAGGGGACGGAUGGAAGAAAGGCAGCGAGGUUGGUACGAGAGCGACAGUGCGCACAUUACUUGAGCAUGGCGCCGACGCGAAUGCCGAAUCUGUUCUUCAUACAGCAGCCCAAAACUGCCCGGUAGAGGUGGUCGAGUGGCUGAUUGAGCAUGGCGCCGAUGUCAAGGCAGCGGCCACAGGCCCGAACUCGGUCUUUGUCGCUGUAGCAGGCAGGGAAUUGGAUUCUUUGGCCGUCAUGGAGCUGCUUCUCCGAGCAGGUGGACAGCUUGAGCCGAGCGGCGAGAGCAUCCACCCGGUCCUGGCCAAAGCCCUCGAAUUCUUCGACGGAAACAUAGAACCAUAUCGCUAUCGCGGCACCUUGAAAGAUCCGGACGGUCGCUUCGAACUUGCAGAGUCGAUCCGGUACGUGCUCGAGCAAGGGCCCGGAGCCAUGAUCCGAAGGACCCUCCAACUGCUCCCAGCGGAAAAGGCAGCGGAUGCCCGGUACGGCCUCUUGCUCCAGAUGGCGGCAGCGGACAACGACACCUCCCUCGCCGAGCUCCUCCUCGCACGCGGCGUCGUCGACGUCAACGCCGCAGGCUUCUACUACGGCACCGCGCUGCAGGCCGCCGCCCGCCACGACCACGCCGUCAUGGUGUCGCUCCUCCUCGCCGCCGGCGCCGACGUCAACGUCCUCCAAGGCCGCUACCACACGCCUCUGCGCGCCGCCGUCGCCGGGGGCCACACCGACAUCGUCCGCACGCUGCUCUCGCACGGCGCCGACGUCGCCCUCUCCUUCGCCGAAGACACCGACAACCUCCGCACCUUCGCAUUACCGGCCGCCAGCACCUUGCGUCUCGCCGUCGAGCGCGGGCACUUCGCCGCCGCCAAACUCCUUCUCGAUGCUGCUGCUACAGACGAUAACAAUGCAACAACAGCAGACCAGCAGCGUAAGAGCCCGCACGAGCAGCCCCAGCCGCUGCUCAUCGUCGCCGCCGCGCGCAACGACGUGCGCAUGGUCGAGCUGCUCGUCGCGGCCGGCGCCUCGGACGUCAACUUGCGCGGCAAGCAGACGCGGGACGGCGGCUCGCUGCCCGACAACGAGGUGAGCGCGCUGCACGCGGCGUGCGCGCAGGGCCACGUCGACAUGGUGCGCGCGCUGCUGCGGCUCGGCGCCGACGUGGAUGCCGUCGUGCAGUGCGAGAAGCGGCCGCCGCAGGGGUGCAGGGUAGUGGGUCAGCCUGCCGUCGUCCAACGCUGGGAAACGAAGUCGCCGCUGGCAACGGCCGUGUGGUGGUGCAACGCGCGCAAGAAAGGCGCUGCUGCUGCUUCUGUCGUGCGCGAGCUGGUCGGCGCCGGGGCGGACGUCAAUAAGCCGUCUGGGCGGCCGGGGCGCACGCCGCUGUGCGAGGCGGCCGCGGCGGGCGAUGUCGAUGUCGUCGAGGUGCUGGUCGAGGCCGGCGCUGCGCUUUACGUAGGCGGUGCGAGGGACAAUCCGUUGGGCAAGGCGUGUGCUUACGGGCGCCUGGACGUCGUCGAGUAUCUCAUGGAGAAGAUCUGUGGGACCGACAUCGAGCGGGCGGCCUGCGCCGACGGCAUGCGCAGGGCGGUCGAGAUGAAGCAGCACAAGGCCAUCGAGCUAUUGCUUGAAUUCAUGCCUGCCGACCAAGAGACGCUGCUGUCGGUGGUUAUGGCGGGGCUGCCGUCGUUGGUGAGGAUGGUGCUCGAGGCCGGCGUGCAUGUGGAUGCCCGGGACAAGAGUGGCCGCACUGCUUUGCUUGCUGCCGCCGUGAGGAUGAAGACGCGGUUGGGCAGCAGCCCAGUGACGGAAGCGUUCCGUCGGGCUGUGUGGGAUGAGCCGUUCUCCAGAGACCUGUCGUCCUUCGAGGAAGUCAUCCGUCUUUUAGUCGAGAGCGGUGCUGACGUCGAGGACGAGGGGCCGCGAGAAGAAGCGAAUGGUCGGAAGAAAAAGUGCGGAUCGCUCGAAGCGCCCCUGUUGGUCGCCGUUGAGAAAGACCAUUCUGUGAUCGUUCAGCUUCUGCUGGAAAAGGGGGCAGAUUGCAGACAGGUCUCCGAAAAGCAGGACACGCCGCUGCACCUGGCUUGCAGAAAAGGCUCCAACCAUUGCAUACGCCUCCUCCUCCGCCAUGGAGCAGAUCCCAAUGCAAGAGGUGCCGACCAUGCCACACCGCUGACGCUGGCCAUCAAAGCCGUACGCUUCAAACCUCCUAACCCCUCGAGAAAGGAUACAUUCCUUGAUGUUUUCCUCAAAGAGGCGCCAGGAGUGCGUGUCACCGAGGCCGACCUUCUCGCUGCCGCAGAGACCCUCUACUACCGUGCUAACCUCAGGCUCCUACUGGACCACUUUGUCAAGGACAUCCCCGUCUCCGAGGCCGUCAUUGUCACCGUCCUAAAAAGAAACGUCAGGGGCAACCUCAGCGAAGAAGACCGUUCUCUCCUCCGCGACCUGCUGGACCACGCAAACGGCAUCGGCAUCACCGCGGCCAUGGUCCAGAGCACACACGACGCCGACACGCUGGACUUCCUGCUCACGCAAUGCGGCCAGCAUCGCCCCGUCUGCGCCAUCACCCCGGCCGUCCUGGAAGGCUGCACCGACACGGCCACCAUCUACUACCUCCUCCAGCACGACGAGCGCCUCGUGCCGACGCAGCGCGCCGUCUGCAACCUGUUCAGCGGCAUCUACAGCCCCGCCGCCGCCGGCACUGUUGCUGAGCAGCAGCAGCGCCGGUUGCUGCCGCCGCCGCUGCGGCCCGAGAUCUCGCGCGUCCGGCUCCUGCGCCUCCUGUGGGAGCGGAACCCGCGCCUGUCCGUCUCCCAAAGCAUGCUGCGAGGAGGCGCGAGGAAUGCGGAUGAGUUGGCUUUUCUGCUCGCCAAAGCCAGGGAGAACAACGACCUACUACUACAAGAACUCGUCAUCGAUCAGGACGCCAUCUUCGAAAUUGUGACGUGGAAGGGCUGCUGCCACGCCGACAGGUUUCGAGUGCUGCUGGAGUUUUGCCCGGACCUGAGGCUGGAAAAUGCCACAAUGGCUAGACUGCUAAAGAAUCUAGUAGUUACCGAGGAGGUAUUCCCAUGGAUGCGGCUGACUGAGGAGUGGGUGGAAUUGAUGCGGGAGUGCGGGAAGGAUAUUGUUUUCACAGAUAAGAUGAGAAAGCGUGUGGAGACGCUACUGCCGAGUCGUAGUCGGGCGGCCUUGAAAGAGUUGGUGUUUUCGUUGGAAAGGAAGGAGAGGGAUGGCGACGAGGCUGUACAAAGGCAUUAA